AUGGGGGCCAUUGUACUGUGUAGUAAUGGUUAUAGAGCUUUGCCUUUCUUCCUACUUCUGCCGUUAUUUCACACUGCUUCCAGUGAUGUGGGGUGCCGCAGCCGCAGACCGGAUGUGCGUCAUAUGACGCGAAGUGCUCUGGAAGCCGGAGCCCUGAUGCAUGCGUCCUGCAUCACCAGAAGUAGUACUGUUUUGAAUGACUCUAACAUGUCAGUGCCUUCAUACAUUCUUGAAUAUAGUGAAAUUGGAGAUCCCUUUCUGGAAGCUCCAAAGUUACUGACUGUGACAAAUUUAAUAACUUUAUUUGACACUGAGCAGUUAGUUCUCAUUGAAAUUGACUAUAGGUUUUUGAAAGUGGUGACAGGAGGCACCAUCCUGGGAGCUGACAUCCGUCACAACAAGGACAGAAAGGUUGGGCGCAAGGAGCUCAAGAGCCAGGACAUUGACCUGAGGCUGUUGGUCAAGCUGUACAGGUUUCUGGCCAGGCGAACCAACUCCACAUUCAACCAGGUUGUGCUGAAGAGGUUGUUUCUGAGUCGCACCAAUCGGCCACCUCUGUUCCUUUCCCGGAUGAUCUGGAAGAGGAAGAUCCCUGGCCGGGAAAUCAAAACGGCCAUGGUUGUGGGGACCACAGCGGGUGACGUGCGGGUUCAGAAGGUGCCUGAACUAAAGGUUGACCAGCCGGCCCGCAGCCGUGUGCUCAAGGCGGGGGGCAAGAUCCGUGCUUUGGACCAGCUGGCCCUGGACUCCCCCAAGGGCUGCGGCACCGUCCUGCUCUCAGGACCUCGCAAGGGCUGCGAGGUGUACCGGCAUUUCGGCAAGGCCCCGGGAACCCUGCACAGCCACACCAAACCCUACGUCCGCUCCAAGGGUCGGAAGUUCGAGCGCACCAGAGGCCAACGGGCCAGCCAAGGCUCCAAAAAUUAA